AUGGAAAAUUCAGUUCUAUUCCGUCCGCACCGCCUAUUCCUGGACACAGAUUCAGGGAUGCCACCUUAUAGCCAUGGAGGCAGGAAUUCAAGUGAUUACAGCCUCGAAAAUGAUGCAGAUUUUGAGAGCAACAUGGUGAUAGUUUUGAUAGCUUUGCUAUGUGGAUUAGUAUUUGCUCUUGCGAUGAACUCCAUAGCCCGUUAUGCUCUGAGAUGUGGCUAUAGAAUUGGCUUUGAGGCUCCACAGGAGGCUGCUUCACGCCUAGCUGCAGCUACUACUACUACUACUACAGGACUAAAGAAAAGUGCAUUGGGGCAGAUUCCGGUGGUAACAUAUAAAUCAGGACUAAACAUUCAGGACAGUGAUUGUCCGAUUUGCCUUGGAGAACUUUUGGAAGGCGAAAAGGUAAGAGUUCUACCAAAAUGUAGCCAUGGUUUCCAUGUUGAAUGUAUAGACAAAUGGUUACUGUUACACUCAUCUUGUCCCUUAUGCCGACAAGCAUUAGUACUUGAUCGGUCAACAAAUUCAAAGUAUAGUGACUUGGAAGAGGCGAAUUUGCCGGCCCAGAUGCCGGAAAAUGGGACCGGUGGAUGA